GUUCAAUAUGAAUACACGACUCCUUCAAUAUGAUGAUAUUUGACUCAGAAUAAUAAUAAACUCAGAUAAGACACUUCCAGUUAGCUUUGCUUUGUGACUUGCAUAUUUCUAUUCAAAUAUUUGUUUGCAUACAUGCAUCAGCUGAUUGACUACUGAUAAGAAACGUCACCCCUCUUAUCAACAAUGUGGCUGGUGGUUUGCUGACUUCGCGCAAUUUCUUUAGGAAAUUCUUGGUUGAUUAGUGCAAAUCAUAUCGUGAAUUAAGGAACAGCUGGAGUUUCUUCUACUGCCAUGUCCCCAACUGAUUGGAAAGUGCUGUCGAUUCAGAGUCAUGUUGUACACGGCUAUGUUGGAAACAAGAGUGCAACUUUCCCUCUACAGCUUUUAGGCUUCGAGGUUGAUGCUUUAAAUUCUGUUCAACUUUCAAAUCACAGAGGCUACAAGCAUUCCAAAGGACAAAUUUUACGUGAAACUGAGUUGGCGGAAUUAUUUGAUGGGCUUCGACAAAAUGAUGUUUUGAAGUAUUAUACACAUCUUCUCACUGGUUAUACUCUGAAUGCAACGUUCCUACGAGAAAUUGUAGCGAUUGUAAAGUCUCUAAGAGAAGCAAAUCCCAGCUUGAUUUACGUAUGCGAUCCAGUACUCGGAGAUAAUGGUCGCAUCUAUGUUCCUCAAGAGCUCGUCACUAUCUACAAAAACGAGAUUAUUUCCAUGGCUGAUAUCCUAACACCAAAUCAGUUUGAAGUCGAACUGCUUACCGAACAAACAAUCACCACAGAGGAGGACUUAUGGGCAGCUACGAAAAUUUUACACGAUAAAGGAGUAAAAAUUGUUGUUGUAUCCAGUUCGAAUUUAGGUUCAUCCAACAAUCUUAAAGCGUUUCUCAGUAUUAGAGAUGGAUCGAAAUUUUCAAUUGAAUUUCCUAAAUUAGGAGACGGUACAGAUUUCACAGGUACUGGCGAUCUAUUUGCAGCCUUACUUUUGGCACACAAUGCACUACAGAGUGAUCCUGUUAAAGCUUUUGAGUUGACAAUCUCCACCGUACAGUCAGUCAUUAAGAACACAAUUAAACAUGUACCUGAUGUAGCAAAUGGCACGCGAAAAUUAACUUGGAUGGAAAAGGAGUUGAAAUUAAUACAAAGCCGGAAGUUAAUUGAGAACCCUACGCUGGAGUACAAAGCCCGGCCUGAAUAACUAUAUCGUUUACGGACCAGAACAGCAUUUUUUAGAAGUAGUUUUAUUCAUGUUGUCUUUUGUUGUGUUUUGUUGUAACAAUAUUUUUGUUAACUGAAAGAAUAUAUUUUUCUGGAUAUAUUUAUA